AUGGCGUUGAACAACUGCACGAUGAAUGGGUACUGCAUAGCACCGAAUGUGUGCAAAUGCUUCGAUGGAUGGCGACGGGAGGAUUGCUCGGAACCAACCUGCCUGUUGGUGAACAACUGCAGUUCGCACGGCAAAUGUGUUUCGCUCAAUGAAUGUGAAUGCGAGCCAAUGUACAGAGGUGCUGACUGCAGUGGUCAAGUCACCAAUUGUUCACUGACCGGAUGCAACAAUCACGGCUCCUGUACCGGCGGCAAGUGCGUCUGUGAAACCGGCUGGACAGGGCCGUUUUGCUCACAGGCCCUUUGCGAUCAGUUGAAUAAUUGCUCCGGUUCGGGUUCUUGUAUACGGCCUCAACUCUGUGAAUGCUUUCGAGGAUUUGUGGGCGACGACUGUUCCGUUUGUGAGGGCCCAGCUUGUGAUUUGUGUGGUGCUAAGUGUAUCCAUGGACGCUGCAAUCCGAAAACAAAGUAG